AUGAGAUACUACGCAGAGUACUUGCCCAACGUGGGACAGGUAAGCGUCACCUUCCAAGGCAAUGAUGGCUCCGACGUGGUGGCCCGUCCCGACUCCGUCACCAUUGGCAAAGAUACCGUGCCUCUGCCUGCUGAGAUCCAGGUCAGGGAGAUGCCGCCGGUAGGACGUUUAAGCACCUUGCGGUUCAGGGCCAGUCCUGAUGCUGCCCACACAGCCGUAUCCGACCAAAUUGACUCAAUUCACAUCGAUAGCCCUUACGGAUCUUCGUUUGUACGCAAGCUGCCCAAAGCGACCUUGUUGUGCGAUCACACCGAUGGAUCUCCCAUUCUGACUGCUGCCUUGGACACUUUUCGACUGAGAAACAUGCCCUCAGAGCACUGGGCGGAAAUGAUGGACUUUUGGCAUUGCCACAAACCGCACGAAAAGUCGGCCCAAUUCAACCCUGCAUACGCCGUGUCACAAUUCAAGCCAAACCCCGGGGAGAUUCUGUUUGGACAAGAGUACAUCAUGGUCAAUAAGGAGGACAUGCGCCUAGAGCACAACGCUGUGGGUAAAGAAGAAGGAGAUUCGUUUAAGAUUCCAAAGUGGAACCUGCAAUUCAACUGUCCUGAUGGAGAGAUCAUAAAAGUGGAUCCGGUUCAAGUGCUAUUGUUCAGCAUGUCUGAACUCACCAAUUCACAUGCUUCACAUCAAUUCUUACUGUGUGACGAGACCCAGAGCGAUGAUGACGUCAAGCCUGCUGCCCUGGUGUGGAUCUUCAACAGAAACCUGACGUAUACUCUUUCUGGAGUUGACGGUAAAGAACAAGGGACUAAGAUCUACUACACUGUGGAUCCCGCGUUAGUCGCAGAGCUAUCAGAAGGAAGAGAUCAGGUGGAGCAGGUGUUUUACCCCAAGUGGGUGCUAGACACCUUUAUCGGCAAACUGCAGAGUUCCAAUGCGCUUCUUCCCGAGCAAAGUAAGAUGUUUCUCAAGUGGCAUAUGGGAUUGCUGGACGGCAAGAAGGUGAAAUAA